GCGCGGCCCAGAGAGCGGCGCUCAGGGCCCGAGGCGGCUGCGGCGAGGCGGAUCGGCGCUCCAGCGCUCCUCGGCGUCCGCCGCCUCUCGGCCGCCUCGGCGUGACUGCCGCCUGCCAGUCCGCGCGCCGCGCUGCCCCUGGGCCCGCCGCCCAGGCCGCUGCCGGGGCCCGAAGAUGCCGGCCGUGUCCAAGGGGGACGGGAUGCGGGGCCUGGCGGUCUUCAUCUCGGACAUCCGCAACUGCAAAAGUAAAGAAGCAGAAAUAAAGAGGAUAAACAAGGAGUUGGCAAAUAUUAGAUCAAAAUUUAAAGGUGACAAGGCUCUUGAUGGCUACAGUAAAAAAAAGUAUGUCUGCAAGUUGCUCUUCAUCUUUCUCCUCGGUCAUGACAUUGACUUUGGACAUAUGGAGGCUGUGAACCUGCUAAGUUCAAACAGAUACACAGAAAAACAGAUUGGCUACCUUUUCAUCUCCGUGCUGGUGAACUCCAACAGCGAGCUGAUCCGCUUGAUCAACAAUGCCAUCAAGAACGACCUGGCCAGUCGUAACCCUACGUUCAUGGGCCUGGCCCUGCACUGCAUCGCCAACGUGGGCAGCCGAGAGAUGGCCGAGGCCUUUGCCGGGGAGAUCCCCAAGAUCCUCGUUGCUGGAGACACCAUGGACAGUGUGAAGCAGAGUGCGGCCCUGUGCUUGCUGCGCCUGUACAGAACCUCUCCUGACCUUGUCCCCAUGGGUGACUGGACGUCCCGUGUGGUGCAUCUCCUCAACGACCAGCAUUUGGGUGUGGUGACCGCGGCCACGAGCCUCAUCACCACACUGGCACAGAAGAACCCAGAGGAGUUCAAGACCUCGGUCUCCCUGGCCGUCUCCAGGCUGAGCAGAAUUGUGACGUCGGCCUCAACAGAUCUUCAGGAUUAUACCUACUACUUUGUCCCAGCACCCUGGCUGUCAGUCAAGCUCCUAAGGCUGCUGCAGUGCUACCCACCCCCAGAAGACCCUGCAGUGCGAGGCCGCCUGACCGAGUGCCUGGAGACCAUUUUGAACAAAGCCCAGGAGCCACCUAAGUCGAAGAAAGUGCAGCACUCCAAUGCCAAGAAUGCUGUGCUGUUCGAGGCCAUCAGCCUGAUUAUCCACCAUGACAGUGAGCCAAACCUGCUCGUGCGCGCCUGCAACCAGCUGGGCCAGUUCCUGCAGCACCGGGAGACGAACCUGCGGUACCUGGCCCUGGAGAGCAUGUGCACGUUGGCCAGCUCCGAGUUCUCCCACGAGGCUGUCAAGACCCACAUUGAGACCGUCAUCAAUGCCCUCAAGACAGAGCGGGACGUGAGUGUGCGACAGCGAGCUGUGGACCUGCUCUACGCCAUGUGUGACCGCAGUAAUGCCCAGCAGAUUGUGGCUGAGAUGCUGAGCUACCUGGAGACAGCCGACUACUCUAUCAGAGAGGAGAUUGUGCUGAAGGUGGCCAUUCUGGCUGAGAAGUAUGCAGUGGACUACACCUGGUACGUGGACACCAUCCUCAACUUGAUCCGCAUCGCAGGGGACUACGUGAGCGAGGAGGUGUGGUACCGUGUCAUUCAGAUCGUCAUCAACCGGGACGACGUGCAGGGUUACGCCGCCAAGACCGUGUUUGAGGCUCUGCAGGCCCCAGCGUGCCAUGAGAACCUGGUCAAAGUGGGCGGCUACAUCCUGGGGGAGUUUGGAAACUUGAUUGCUGGGGACCCUCGGUCCAGCCCUCUGAUCCAGUUCGAUCUGCUGCACUCCAAGUUCCACCUGUGCAGUGUCCCCACCCGGGCACUGCUGCUGUCCACCUACAUCAAGUUCGUGAACCUCUUUCCGGAGGUGAAGACCACUAUCCAGGACGUGCUACGCAGUGAUAGCCAGCUGAAGAAUGCGGACGUGGAGCUUCAGCAGCGGGCUGUGGAGUACCUGCGGCUCAGCACAGUCGCCAGCACCGACAUCCUGGCGACUGUCCUGGAGGAGAUGCCGCCCUUCCCGGAGCGUGAGUCCUCCAUCCUGGCCAAGCUCAAGAAGAAGAAGGGCCCAAGCACGGUGACUGACCUGGAGGAGAUCAAGCGGGAGCGGAGUGCUGAUGUGAAUGGGGGCCCCGAGCCCGCCCCAGCCAGCACCAGCGCCGCGUCCACGCCUUCCCCAUCUGCGGACCUGCUGGGGCUGGGGGCUGCUCCUCCUGCCCCCGCGGCGCCACCACCCCCCUCCUCUGGUGGGCUGCUGGUGGAUGUGUUCUCAGACUCGGCUUCCUCGGUGGCACCUCUUGCUCCCGGCUCUGAAGACAACUUUGCCAGGUUUGUUUGUAAAAAUAAUGGCGUGUUGUUUGAAAACCAGCUGCUUCAAAUUGGACUUAAGUCUGAAUUUCGGCAGAAUCUAGGCCGGAUGUUCAUAUUUUAUGGUAACAAGACUUCUACGCAGUUCUUGAACUUUACUCCAACACUCAUCUGUGCAGACGACCUACAGGCUAAUCUGAACCUGCAGACCAAGCCUGUGGACCCAACGGUGGAUGGGGGUGCACAGGUGCAGCAGGUGGUUAAUAUAGAGUGCGUGUCUGACUUCACGGAGGCGCCGGUCCUCAACAUUCAGUUCAGGUAUGGUGGCACCUUCCAGAAUGUGUCUGUCAAGCUACCCAUCACGCUCAACAAAUUUUUCCAGCCCACAGAAAUGGCUUCUCAGGAUUUCUUUCAACGUUGGAAGCAGCUGAGCAACCCACAACAAGAGGUGCAGAACAUUUUCAAAGCGAAGCAUCCAAUGGACACAGAGAUCACUAAGGCAAAGAUCAUUGGAUUUGGUUCCGCGCUCCUUGAGGAUGUCGAUCCCAACCCUGCGAAUUUUGUGGGUGCUGGCAUCAUACAUACCAGAACCACCCAGAUUGGGUGCCUGCUGCGUUUGGAGCCCAAUCUGCAAGCCCAGAUGUACCGGCUCACGCUGCGCACAAGCAAAGACGCCGUCUCGCAGAGGUUGUGUGAGCUGCUGUCAGAGCAGUUCUGACCCCUGGGACAGAAGGUCCCGCCGUGUUCGUGCGUCUCUUCGUCUCUGCCAUUCGUCUUCGUCACCAUACUGCUAAUGAAACCCCUUGUCUGAAUAUCGCAGCACAAGGUGCCUCCAGGCCCAGCCCCUGGGCGGUGUGGGACAAGGGGCAUUGUGGAGGAGGACUGCAGCGGGCCUGCCCUGGCAGGAGGGCCCUGGCCCUGGGUAUCGAGACAGCUCUGUGGCUCAGCCUACCAAUUAAAGGGAGAUGUGAAGUUUGAGUGGAAGUGGGAUUCUGUCGAGGCUUGUCCCGUGCUGCUGUCCUGGCGCGGACCCGGCUCAGACUCUGGUGCAGCAGUGCUGCUGUGUUUGCAGGGCUGCCUGGGACCAUCUGCUGUGCGGCAGGGACACCCACUGCAGGAGGAGUGUGGCUUGGCCUGCAGGGUGGGCAGCAUGUCAUGGGACUUGCUGAGGUACUGCUGGGUGUGCCUGGGAAGGGUUGUCAUUCACUGCUCUGCUGACUGUUGCCCACACCAGGCACCCGCUCUCCUCGGCUGGCCCUGUGUGCAGCUCCGGUGUUUUUGCAGGGACUUUUGUGCUGUGCUCUGUACGACACCUUAGGUUUGCACUGGUGGGUGGAGGGAUCCUGAAGGAUCUGCAGUGCAUGACCAUGGCCCAUCUUGCAAGCCUCUGCAAGGUGUGUUGGUCCUGCCUGCUGGUGGCCUUCACCGGUCAGCGCAGUCUCUGGGGCUUCAGCUGAGGCUGAAGUAUUGUAGACUGCACCUGUCCAGUUCUUGCUGGAGGUGGGGAUGGAGGAGAUGGGAGGGGACAGCGGCCCUGAACAGGGCUCUGCUGAGGGUGUGCUGGGCCUGCUGGCCUUGUACUCGAGCUCUCACAGGGGUCCCUGCAUGCGUAGCACCUCGAGGCCGGAUGUGGAUGGGGCAGAGAGGCCUCGGGAGCCGAGGUGGGCCCUGAGACAGCUCCUAGGGUCAGUACACAGCAGUUCUGCAGGUUCGUCACUUGUGCCCACAGCACCUGAGGAGAUGUAGGAAAAGGCAGGACCCACUGUCUCCCUUGAUGUGCCAGAGCACUGGGUACCACAUGGGCCCUUUGCCCUGGCCUCUGGCCAUUAACCUGCUGCUGCUGAGUCUUGGGGACAGCUGCAGGGCAUUAUGUCCCACCCAGGGUGACUUUCACAGCAUCCAGCCCUUCCUGUGCUGAUCUUGGUGUGUGUGUGCUCCAGAACUCCUGGUCUGCCCGCAGCAUGUCAAGACACACCCCUGCCUCAGGGUGGACUUGUGCUGCAGAUGGAUAGCCUGGCUCCCUGGCCAGGGUGAGCUUCUGUGUCCUCUUGUUGCAGCUGCUGGACAGUGUGGCUGUCCCUGAUGUGUAGUCCACAUAGUGCAUGUGGACAGCAGGGUCUGUGGCCAUGGCUCCUCUGCAUGGGCAGCCAGGUGGUGGUCUCUGGGCAGUGAGUCCCCUGGCAUAGGAAGGGCUGCUAAGGCACAGGCCUGCCCUCUGUGCCAUCCCAGGGGUGUCCAUCUGUGCAUUGUGCUCCUUUUCAGAGAAAAAUAAAUGCUAGUGCAGUU